AUGACUACCCAUGGAGUCGUCUCUUCGAAGUCCUUGGAGUCAUCAACGACCUCAAAGGAUCGCCCAGGUUCUUACUCGUCAACAAUGAGUAACGGCGGCGAUGAAAUCCUGCUGGAUGCUUCGAAGACUGCGGAAAGUCCAGUCCGUCGGACGCGCUCCCUCACGAUCAGUCCAGUUGUAACUACCGCAGAGAAACUGGAUAGUCUUCUUGCCGAGCCCGUCCUGAACUUAGAUGCAAUGAAAAAGCUUGCAUGGGCAGGCCUCCCAAACAUAGCAAGGGCUGCAGUUUGGAAGAUACUGCUUGGUUACCUGCCGACAAAUUCCGCGAGACGCAAGGACACCUUAGAGAGACGGCGACGUGAGUAUCGUGAAGCGGUCGAACAACAUUAUGACUCGUCAAAUGAGCCACCACAGGAAACAACUGCCCAAACGCAGGGUAGCCACACCUACAGUCGCGUUGGGCACCAAGAUGAUAUUACGAUGCGACAGAUAUCAGUAGAUCUUCCACGGACAUGUCCAGGGCAGGCGCUUUUUCACAUUCCAGAAGUCCGGCUGGCUUUGCAAAGAAUUCUAUACGUAUGGGCGACAAGGCAUCCCGCUAGCGGUUACGUCCAGGGGAUGAAUGAUUUGGUCACUCCUUUCAUGUUUGUGUUUCUGUCAGAGUUUGCAAAAAAGGGGACCGAACGUUCCAUUUUGACCAUGACAGAUAUGUCGGUAUUCGAAAACCCACAGAAGGCCCUGGCAAAUGCGGAAGCUGACGCCUACUGGUGCCUAACUGCACUUUUGAACGACAUCCAGGACUAUUAUACGUUUUCGCAGCCAGGGAUCCAGCGGCGUGUACACUAUCUGAGAGAACUUGUAGCUCGAGUGGAUAGCAAUCUUUGCACUCAUUUAGAGGAUGAAGGCCUGGAUUUCUUGCAGUUUGCUUUUCGAUGGAUGAAUUGUCUAUUGAUGAGGGAGCUUCCGUUUCCCCUAAUAGUUAGGGUUUGGGAUACAUACCUGGCAGAGUCUGAUGGCUUCGCCCUCUUUCAUGUUUAUGUCUGUGCUGCUCUUUUAGUCUCGUUUAGUGAGGAACUGCAGGAAAUGGAUUUUCAGGAUCUUGUGAUGUUUCUUCAAAACCUCCCGACAGAAUCAUGGACAUCUAAGGACAUUGAUGUCAUUAUAAGUCAAGCUUAUAUGUGGAGGACAAUUUUCGGUGCCGCCCCUAGCCAUCUACAAUGACAACGCUUUUUACGACACACACUUCAAGGUGUUACUAUUCACAGCAACUCAAGCAGAUACAGCAUUCAUGAUGUCUGGCAAUGGUCAAUGAUGAGCAUCUCCGCUUCGUAUGAUGCCGUCAGGUCGAUGUUGCGCUUGAUAGUGCAGCACUUUCCCCAAAUCUGCGCUGCUUCAAGACACAGAGUCCACUGGGAACUGAAUUCACCAUCCCCAGUAUUAUAAUCCUUCCGGCGGGCUCAUGCUGAGUAGCUUUCAGCGCUUGCGGGCUCGCUUGUCAUCGUACCGUGAAGACAUGGAUAUCAGUUAUUCCGCCCGAACAAGCUUGUUGCUGAGAUUGAGAUGUCGUCGCUUUGAUGCGCCCGGCCUUGAGCGCAACGUCAAUUUGCGGAAAAAUCAUUCUUGACGGAUCGUAUGCGCAAAGAUCUAUUCGCACACGUGUCGUGCAUCGGCACCGUACGCACGGCACUACUGUACUGUACUGAAGCACCCAUCCGCGCCGUCCUCUGAGACGUGCCUUCUGUAAUCCUCUUAAGCUUCUGAACUUGCAAUGUUCCGUACUUACAACAGGUUUCCCGUCCUGGGGAAUAAGUAAGAAAUCUUGGUGCAGUCAAAUAUGCAAUACGAAACAGACAAAGCCAGAACAUUCCAGUUCAGUACCGAAGGUUCAAUACCACUAAUAAAUGCUGGUGUCACAGCCGAGUUAUC